AUGAGCAACACCACACCCCAAGAUAACAAAGCUGAGAAAAAGGCGACUGAUGAACCGGAAAGCAAACCAAAGGUGAACUUUACAGAGGGUGGCGUUGAGAAGUUCAAGUUUUACCCAGACGAUCCCAAGAAUCACAGACACAAGUAUAGAUGGGCAGGAAAAGAAGCAUCAAAAUUUUAUGAUCCUUGUGAGGAGAGCAGACAAGCAUCUAUGGAUUGUCUUUACCGAAAUCAGGACGACAAGUAUGUUUGUCAGGACUUUUUUGAUGCUUACAAGGAAUGUCGAAAAGACUUUUUUAGAAAAAAGAGACAAGAUAAGAUAGAUGGAAAACCAGGGUGGGGAUGGUAA